AUGCACGCCACUGUGGUCGUUCUUCGGCUUGCAUCCAGCUUCGUCAGGCACGGUUCUUUUGAUGUCAUAUCCCUUGGGCUUAUAAUUACACUGCAGCUAGUAUACGCGGCGGCUGCAAGGAUAUUGGCAGUAUAUCCAACACCAUCAAUAAGUCAUCAAAUAGCGUUCAGACCUUUGACCAAUGAGCUGGUCAGAAGAGGACAUGAAGUGACAGUUAUCACAACCGAUCCGGCGUACAAACCAAAUCAAGCGCCACCUAACCUUACAGAAAUAGACGUCCAUGAAUUAUCUUACACAAUGUGGAGAGAUGUAUUACAUAGUAAAUCAUUUGGAGAAGUUAAAGAUAUUCACACACAAAUGAGUAAAAUUAUUCGGCUUAUAAAUGAGAUAUUUUAUUUACAAACACAAACAAAGGAAGUUCGAAAUAUAAUUGAAAAUAAAAGUGGAGAUUACGAUUUGUUAUUGUUAGAAGCGUGUGCUCAACCAACAUUGAUACUUUCACAUAUAUUUAAAGUGCCAGUAAUCUAUAUAAGUUCUAUGAGUCCGCUGGAGUACCAUUUAAAGUUAAUUGGAGCAGCUACACAUCCUCUUUUGUAUCCAUCACAAUUUCAUCAAAGAUUGUACAAUCUAUCAAAAUGGGAGAAGCUUCAUCAAAUGUUUAACCAUCUGUGGAUCGAAAAUGAAUUAUAUCAAAUUCAACUAGAUAACGAUAAAGUGUUAAAAUCGAUGUUCGGUUCUGAUGUUCCACCUUUAAGUGAUUUAUUUAAUAAUAUACAUAUGAUUUUUUUUAAUGUUCAUCCGAUUUGGACCGACAAUCAACCAGUGCCAUCGAGUGUUGUUUAUAUGGGAGGAAUACACAAGACACCUCCUAGGCAAUUGCCUCAGGACUUACAGCUUUAUUUGGAUUCAUCGAAAAAUGGGGUUAUUUACUUUAGUUUGGGAACAAAUGUUAGUCCUUCUCUUUUGCCUCCUGAGAAAAUACAGAUGUUUGUAAAUGUUUUCUCUCAACUACCAUAUGAUGUUUUGUUGAAGUGGGAUAAGGACGUGUUGCCCGGCAAGUCGGAAAACAUUAAAAUAUUCAAAUGGCUCCCACAGUCCGAUGUCCUUCGUCAUCCAAAUUUAAAGCUAUUUAUAACUCAAGGAGGACUACAGUCUACAGAUGAAGCAAUAAGUGCAGGAGUACCUCUCAUUGGUAUACCGAUGUUGGGAGACCAAUGGUAUAAUGUUGAAAAAUACGUUCUUCAUAAAAUAGGAAUUCGCUUAGAUCUGGCUUCGUUAAAUGAAAAUGAAUUUAGGAGCGCAAUCGCAAAAAUCACCCGAGAUAACAGCUACCGUGACAAUAUAGUGCGGUUACGAAUACUUAUGGAAGAUCAACCGCAGUCACCGUUGGAACGCGCGGUCUGGUGGACGGAACACGUGUUACGUCACGGCGGAGCUAAACAUUUGCGGGCAGCUGGCGCUAACAUAUCUUGGGCUGAAUAUUUAGAAUUAGAAUUAGUAUUAAUUGUACUUAUUGCAUUAUUUAGUAUAUUACUAAUAAUGUCUCUAUCCAUCUACGUUCUAUGGAAAUUAUUAAAGAAAAAGUUAACGAAUUAUAUAAAA